GUUUAUAAAGCCUUGGGGGAUGCUGUUAAAGAUCGCUGGUCCUGCAUGCCUCACUUACACAAGGAGUUAUGGAGCUGAUUCUGUGUUGGAUGAUGAUAGCCCUGCAAUUAAAUGGUAUACACACUGAAGGAAUUCACAAAAAGACUUUUGGAACAGGAACAAAUGUGUCUCUCCUGUACUCAAACAGAACAUUUAAUACACUAAUCCUGGAGAAGUGGAACAUAGAGAGGAGAGGUGGAGAUGACUGUCAGGUUGGUUUUUUAUCUGAAAAUAAUGGAAAAAACAGCACCUGUGAUUCCAGGAUAACAAUACAACAAAAGUCAGAUCAUGUGAUUCUCCAAAUAUCCCCAUUCAAGCCAUCUGAUGAAGGCAAUUACACUUGUAGUACUCACUUCAGUGGAGGAGUUGAGAGUACACAUUUCCAUGUGACAGCUGAGUCUAAUGUGAAUGCCUCUGAGGUUCAGCACCGCCAGCCUCCACCAACUGGGAUUGUAAUAUGGAUGGUGUGCAGUUUUGGAGCCCUCCUCACUUUGAUUGUGCUUUCGUCUGUCAUCAUCUGGGGAAAACUACAGAGUAAAAGGAGGAAGAAGCUGGGUGAACGUGAGAGAUUCAAGUUUCACACAGAAGAGAUCCAGGAUAUGGAACCAUACAUCACUUAUACUGAAAAGACUAAGUAUGCCUUCGUAGAAUUUCAUCACCUAGGAGGUCAGUGCAACUCUUCCAUACACAUCAUUACUGCUGCACACUCAGUUUGGUGCCAAAUACAAUGGGACAAAGACUCACAGAUGACUUGACCAGAUAACUAUCAUCUUGAACAUUUUUCUGUAAGGCUCUUUAGCUGCAGGUGGUAGGAUUGUGAUAGAUGUCAACUGACUAGUAGACCACAGCUUCCCCUCUGGCUGUGUAGAGAGCUCACUCUCUAUUUGGGUCAGUGCGUUUUAAAUAAAUAUCAUCAUAACCUAAGACAGAGCUCUGUGGUAAUAUUGCAUGCAGCCAAACCGAUAGUGAAGGCGUUCAGAACGUGAAAGAUCUGUUUAAGGCAUUCUUGAUGUAGAAAUGCAGAGGCUAACAUUAGGACUAUAAUUCCCUCUUUGGCCCUGGAGUGUGCAUUGUCAAGGUACAUGUGAAGUAUGCAUGUACUUUCUCAGUCACUCUAGGUGUUAAACAAAGCAGCGCUGAAAGUCAAGUCAUAAAACCAGCAUGACUGAGUUAAAGAAAUAUUAUAUGACAUGGGGCCAUGAAACCAGAUGGUAAAUGGUAAAUGGACUGCAUGUAUAUAGUGCUUUUAUCCAAAGUGCUUUCCAAUGAAUGCCACUCAUACACACGGUUCCUUAAUUUGUGAUGUAGUUAGCUAUAGAGCACUUUGUAUGGGAGUCUGAGGCUAGGCAUACGCCCAAGCCACCUGAGUUGACUGUGGUUCAGGGUGGACUGCCUGACUGUCCCAUCACCUCUGUGUGUGGCACUCUGUCCUUCCAAGUGAUGGGAAGGAUCUUAUGAAGGCAUCUUCAGAGAUGGUGGCUAUAGAUGGUCCAUGCCUGACAUUCAUACAGUAAGGUUUAGAUGCAAACAGCCUGGAGGUUGCUGUUCAAGAAAACCCUUCUUAGACAACCAAAAGAUUCUGAGGUUUGAUUGAGGCAAACAUCUCAUCGUCCAUUAUGCAGUUGUCAGAUAUUAUGCUUCCAAAGUACUUGAAGGCAGAAACGAUGGCUAGCUGUUGGCCUUCUACUGUGAAGGUUGUUGGUGGUGAAGGUUACAGCUAAUGAGAGGGAGUGUGGGCUACCAGGGCACAAUCAUCUGCAUACUUUAGCUCGAUGAUAUCCUGUUGCUGGGUUUCCUGUAACCUUCUGAUGUUGAACACAGGCGCGCAUACAGAAACACAUGCUCAAGCAUGGGCAUGCAUGUAACAGAUGGGGCAAGUAUUUUUAAAAAUCAAAACAAGGUCUUUCAUGAAUUUCUGUAUCAUUACAGAAUGAAAAUAAUUUAUCUCAGAGAUAUAACAAAGGACGCACCCUUUUUGGCCAUUCGCUUCAGCUCAUCUGCUCCGAGACUCGGACAGAGGCUGAACGCUGCACAGCGCACUACCAGGCCUACGGACACACCUAGUUACCUCGCGGUAACUUCGUGGCCUAUGGCGAGCGGAAACUGGUGUGAAGCUCACCAAGGAACAACAUCAACGAACUUUUCCACCCGGAAAAAGUACCAGCGAACAUCCUUCCAGCAACCGAGCGGACCAGACAGCAACGCGCGGCUAAGACGGGAACGCUCCAGCUUUGCGCACCUCUCCAGGACACGCAUUCACAGCACCAUCGCGGCUCCUAUAAGGACAGCACGUCUUUUGGAUCCAAUGCGUAUGGACUCAGUAAGAGAACAAACAUUCAGGCAUAGCCAGUGUUUAGUUUAGUCUUGACUGAUAUUGUGAAACUGUGUUCUAUAUUUGCUGUCUUACCGUUUGAAUGUAUUUUUGUUAGCCAUAUAUAAACCUGAAUUGAUUCGCCGUCUUUCGCGUAUGUAAUUAGAGUAAAACUAUGCAAGUAGUCUCUUCUCACAGCUAACUCUAUCACUGACACGCCCAAUUUACCUUUCCUUUGUCCAAGGGAAACACACACACACACACACACACACACA